UGUCCCCCGGUGUCCCUGAGUGUCCCCCGGUGUCCCCCUCUCCCCCCGCAGCGGUCCCGCCCUCGGGGGUGUCCGUGUCGGCGCAGCCCCCCGGGGCACAGGUGGCACUGGGGGACCCCCUGGUGCUGAAGUGCGCGGUGGCCGCGGGGACAGGUCCCCUGUCCUUCUCCUGGCACCGGGAGGGCUCGGGGACACCGCUGGGCACCGGCCCCCGCCUGCAGCUGCCGAGCGUUGGGGACAAUGACAGCGGCCACUACCGGUGCCGGGUCAGCGACGGGGACAGCGUGGCCGAGAGUGUCCCCCUGAAUGUCACCGUCCUGGUGCCCGUGGCCAAUGCCACCAUCAGCGCCGGUGCCCUGGGCCAGCAGGUGCGCGCAGGUGAGCCCGUGAGGCUGCGCUGCUCGGUGCAGGUGGGCUCAGCCCCUGUCACCUUCACCUGGCUGCGCCACGGCCGGGAGGUGGCCCGGGGUCCCCUGCUGGAGCUCGCCCCCGUCGGGCUGGCACAUUCGGCCACCUACCAGUGCGUGGCCAGCAACCAGCUGGGACAGGACGGGCACCGCGUGUUCCGGGCACUCAGCCCCGAGCUGCUCCUGGAGGUGACAGCGGGGGGACACGGGGACACAGUGGCCGCAGCGGUUGGGGGGUCCCUGCUCUUGCUGCUCCUGCUCCUGGCUGUAGCUGCGGGCUGGCGCCGCUGGAACAACGUGGCUGCCAGGAAGCAGCAGGAGAGGUGAGCGGGGGGCUCAAACCACCCCCUCCCCUUUCAGCCCCAAAGCUCCCUCACACCCCCUGGAUCCCCGCAGGGCCCCCCCGGCCCCCCCGGAGGAGGGGGAGGUGCUGUACAGCCGCGUGCUGAGCACCCAGCGGGCAGGGGGUGACACAGGCCUGGGACACCGGGACACGUCACCCAUCGCUGCCGCCCCCACCCGGAGCCCACAGCCGGGGGCUCUCGCAGGCUCCCCCCGCGCCCCCACGCUCCAGGACCCCCGGGUGAUCUACGCGGAGCUGCGGCCACCCCACGGCCGACCCCGGCAACGCGGUGACAUCGACGGGGACGUGCUGUGACACCGAGGGGGCUCUGGGGGAACGGGGGGGCAGCGGGGGACCCCCCACCCACGUCAGUGUCCCCCUCCCCACUGCUGUGGGGUGCCCAACAUUCACGGGGAGGCGGGCACAAGUGUGGGGGGUCACCUGUGAGGUUCCCCACGCCCCCUGAACCCCCAAGGGCUUCCCCACCCCUUUCCCACUGCCCCGUUCCACAUCCCCGGACCCCCAGGGGCUCCCUGCUUCUCCUCCCAGUGCCUCUCCAUUGCUCCCAGUAUAUCCAGGCGUUUCCCAUUCCAUCCGUCCCCAGCAGCCCUGUGGCUCUGCAAUCCCAGUGCUCCCAGUCCAGCCCCGGCUCCCCACCAGUGCCAGGGGAGCCCCGGACUGGCAGCAAAAUGCAGCUUUUUGCUUAAAGCGCUAGAAAUGGUGUUUGUUCA